AUGGCGGUCUCCUUGGCAACAGACUCAUAUCUGCCCGACAAUUCGUCCGUAAUCUCGGCGGGCCGUUGGGAGAAGGUUACUAACGCGACGGGCGGGUGGGAGCGGGACGCCCUGCUGGCGGUGGCUGAGGUGGUGGUCCUCGCCGUCAUCCUGGCGAUGGCGCUCCUCGGCAACGGACUGGUCCUGGCGGUGUUGCUAAGGCGGCGGCGGCGUCACAAUCCGCUGCACCAGUUCAUGAUGAAUCUGUGUCUGGCCGACCUGGUGGUAGCCUUGUUCCAGGUGCUGCCUCAGCUGGUGUGGGACGCCAGGGGGAGCUUCCCUGGUCCAGACCUCCUGUGCCGCUUGGUGAAAUACCUCCAGGUCCUGGGGAUGUUCGCCUCCUCCUACAUGAUCGUCGCCAUGACCAUGGACCGGCACUACGCCAUCUGCUGCCCCCUGCAGGCCUACCGUGGAGCGGCCCUCCAGCGCUGGAACAACCUCAUCCUCCUGGCCUGGGGCCUGUCUCUGCUGCUCAGCCUGCCACAGGUGUUUAUCUUCUCCCGCUCGGAGGUGGCUCCAGGGGUCUAUGAGUGCUGGGGAACUUUUGCAGAAUCCUGGGGUCUCAAGGCCUAUGUGACCUGGAUGACCUUGGCCAUCUUCAUCGUGCCUGUCCUCAUCAUCACCAUCUGUCAGGUGAGGAUCUUCCGGGAGAUCCACAGAAGCCUGUAUCUCAGCUCGGAGCGCAGCCUCUCCCCCGCCUCCCUCCCCCCCUCCAGACGGGACAGCCAGAGGGGGGCGGGACCGUCCAGCCUAUGGAGAGGGAUGUCCAAGACGGUCCGGAUGACCCUGGUCAUAGUGUUGGUCUACUCUGUCUGCUGGGCCCCCUUCUUCAGCGUCCAGCUGUGGGCGGCAUGGGCCCCUGACCCCCCGCAGAGUGCCAUGUUCACGCUGCUCAUGCUGCUGGCCAGCCUCAACUCGUGCACCAACCCCUGGAUCUACUCCGCCUUCUCCAGCAGCGUCUCCCCGGAGCUCCGGCAGCUGCUGCUCUGCCGGGGGCCCACCCUGCGCCGGGGCUCCUGCCCCACCGACUCCACCGCCACGCACGCCUCCACCUCCUGA